AUGGCACCGCCUUCGGCCAUCGAGGUCUCGGCAGUAUCGGAUACAACUGGAAUUACGCUCCCGAAUCCACUUACAGCUCCUGUUCAGAGCAAUGACAUAUACGGACGCCGAAAAAAGAUAGACAGAUCUCAAUGGGGCACCGCAGCUCCAGCCAACACCGCCAAUUUUAGGCUACGAUCACACGCCCAUAAGCCAAAGGCAAAGUCAUGGGAGCACCACUUAAGCCAUGAAGCCCAGAUACGAAAGGGGAACUCCCUCAAGGGCGCAGCCAAGUACCUUAGCACACCAGGCAUAAUAUCUCUAGGCGGCGGACUACCUUCUAGCGAAUACUUUCCCUUCGAAGAGUUGACAAUAAAAGUCCCCGCCGUUGGCAAGUUUUCUGAGGCCGAGACCAAGGAUUCUGGUGUGAUCAUCAAAGCAGGCAAACAUGAUCUGGCUGAGGACAAGUCUACUUUCGAUAUUGCAACCGCAUUCAACUACGGCCAAGGCGCUGGAGCAGCACAGAUGCUGCGAUGGGUUACUGAGCACACCGAGAUGGUACACGACCCGCCGUAUGAGGACUGGCGAUGCACCAUGAGCAUUGGAAGCACUUCCGGCCUCGAUAUAGCUCUUAGGCUGCUCACCAGGCCUGGCGAUAUGAUGUUGUCCGAAGAGUACACGUUCUCUGCAGCAGUCGACACAGCACGGCCAAUGGGUGUUCGUGUAUGCGGUGUCCCUAUAGAUGCCGAAGGUCUGCUUCCUGGAGCCAUGGAUGAUAUUCUAUCCACCUGGGACGUCAAUACUCGAGGCUCCCGCAAACCCCAUCUCCUGUACACAGUACCUACCGGCCAAAAUCCCACGGGUGCCACGCAAGGGACUGAACGUCGUCGAGCACUGUACAAGGUGUGCCAAAAACACGACAUCUACAUCAUCGAAGACGAGCCAUACUACUUUCUUCAGAUGCAGCCGUACACCGGCCCGAACGCUCCAGAUGUCCCCACACCCAAGUCUCACGCCGACUUCCUCAAGUCCCUCGUACCCAGUCUCUUAUCUAUGGACGUCGACGGCCGCGUCAUGCGCCUGGACUCCUUCUCCAAAGUGAUUGCGCCGGGUUCACGCAUCGGGUGGCUCACAGCCUCGGCCGAAGUCAUCGAGAAGUACCAAAGGCACGCCGACUGCUCGACGCAAAACCCAUCUGGCAUCUCACAGCUCGUGCUCUUCAAGCUCCUCGACGAGCACUGGGGCCACGCCGGCUAUCUUGACUGGCUCAUCUACAUCCGCAUGGAGUACACUAAGCGGCGCGACGGCAUCCUCGCCGCCUGCGCAAAACAUUUGCCUCGCGAGGUCAUGAGCUGGAACCCGCCCAUGGCGGGUAUGUUUCAUUGGAUGCAGGUCGAUUUCAGGAAGCAUCCGGACUUCCCAUCCAAGAGUAUUGACAUUAUUGAAGAGGAGAUUUUCCUCAAGGUGAUUGAUCAUGGAGCGCUGGUUCUGCGCGGUAGCUGGUUUUAUGCGGAUAACGAGGAAGUCCAUGACACGCUGUUUUUCAGGGCGACGUAUGCGGCGGCGCCGGCGGAGAAGAUUGAUGAGGGGAUUAGGAGACUGGGCGAGGCUGUGAGGGAGGAGUUCAGGUUGGGCAAGGCGAAUGGGAACUGA